UCAAGGAUCCGUUUCCACUUCGGAGUCCGGUCCAGUGUCAGCGUUGAACUUGGAUCCGCAGUUGGACGGAACCGGGUUCGGCCUCGCCACGAGAGUUAAAGAGUUCCGAUCCAGUCUUCAACGUCCCUCCUCCUCCUCGUCGCUUCUAUUCUCAAAGCGCCCCCGGGAAGAUCCAGCCGCGAUUCCAUCUCCCCGGUACCGAUCUCGAUCUGCGAUUCCGUGGAAUCCAUCUUAUCUCUCUCUCUCUCGUCUCAGAUCUCUGACAUUCUACUCGGUUUUUCUGGGGAAUUCGAGGUCGACUGCAGAUCCAAUUCUCUAUCGGUGGUUUAGUGUUUGAUUUGGAGGAUGCAGCACGUUCCGGCGACGAUUGAGGAGCAGCUCCUUCGGAAGGCGAUCAGGGAAGAGAGCCCAUGGGAGAAUCUGCCGAAGAGACUUCAAACAAUGCUGAUUUCAAAAGAAGAGUGGCACAAAAGGAUCAUAGAUUACUGCAUCAGAAAGCGUCUGCAGUGGAAUCAGUGUUUUGCACGUAAAGUCUGUAAAGAAGGAGAAUAUUAUGAAGAAAUGAUGUGCUAUCUGCGAAAGAAUCUUGCUUUAUUUCCCUAUCAUCUUGCGGAAUAUGUUUGUCGGGUACUGAGGGUGUCACCCUUCAGAUAUUAUUGUGACAUGAUCUUUGAAGUUCUUAAAAAUGAGCAACCUUAUGAUAGCAUCCCCAAUUUCAGUGCUGCAGAUGCUGUGAGGCUGACAGGAAUUGGACGUAAUGAAUACAUUGAUAUUAUGAACAAGUGCAGAUCAAAGAAAUUUAUGUGGAAGCUGAACAAGUCAAUUGCUAAGGAAUUGUUGCCCACACAACCUGUGGAUUUCCCAGUUGAACCAUGGUGGGGAGUUUGUCUUGUUAACUUUACAUUGGAAGAGUUUAAGAAACUCACAGAAGAGGAAAUGGCAACAAUAGACAAGGUCUGCAAGGAGGAAGUAAAUUCAUUUAUUCUUUUUGAUCCCGACAUUGUAAGAGGUCUUCACAAAAGGGGAUUGAUGUACUUCGAUGUCCCUGUUUAUUCUGAUGAUCGGUUUAAAGUUUCCAGGCUGGAAGGGUUUGUUUCAAACAGGGAACAGUCUUAUGAAGAUCCAAUAGAAGAGUUAUUAUAUGCUGUUUUUGUUGUCUCGAGUGAGAAUUCUACUGUUGCUGAAUUGGCUACUACCCUGCAGGCUGACCUUUCUCACCUGCAGGCUGCUGCAUCAUUUGCUUGUCGAUUGGGCUGGGCUAUAAAGCUUUUAGAUCCAGAAUCGAUUCUUCGAGAUUCUAGCAUUCCAAGUUCCCCUAGUAAUAUGCUAAGUGAUGAUGAAUAUGAUUCUAAUGCUAGCAUCAACUCAGAAAAAUCUGGUCAGCAGACUCAUGGUCUUGUAAUUGAAAAGAACAGAACAAUUUCUGGCACUGCUCAUGUGGCUUUUGUUGUUGAUGCCAAUAUUACUUCCUACUUAAUGAUGGGAUCUGUUUCACCAGGAUUAAAGUCUCAUGCUGUAACACUAUAUGAAGCUGGAAAGCUAGGUGAUUCUAGCAUUGCUGAACUUUGCAAGGAUCUUUCUACUUUAGAAGGAAAAAAAUUUGAGGGUGAACUGCAGGAAUUCGCCAACCAUGCAUAUAGCCUUCGAUGUAUUCUCGAGUGUCUUCAAUCUGGUGGAGUAGCUAAUGAUGGGAAGAAUGUCAGACCAAGUAACCCAACUGAAACACAGCAUUCCUUUAUUGAUGACAUUACUUCAGUUACAUCUGAAAUUGGUGUAUCUGAGGAAUCUGGUUAUUCUAAUAUAAAUGAAAAUGAAGCAAAGAUGUACCACAAUGAUGAUUCUUCUGACCAUGGUCAUACUAUAGUACCCCAACCGGACUCUCCAAAUGAAUCUGAUGCUGCACAUGUUCUUCCCAUGACAUCUUCAGGUACUUCAGCUGAAAAUAACACCUGCAAACCAGAUUAUGAAUCACAGAGUGAUAAAAAAGUUACAUCCUUGGAUGGUUCAGAAAAUGAUAGGACCAUUCUAAAACGAAAAAGGAAGUACCGUGUUGAUAUUCUUCGUUGUGAAAGCUUGGCUGCUCUGGCACCAGCAACAUUAGAAAAAAUGUUUCUUAGAGAUUACGACAUCAUUGCAUCUAUGGUUCCACUUCCUGCAUCAUCAGUUUUACCUGGACCAUCAGGUCCAAUCCAUUUUGGUCCACCAUCAUAUUCUUCAAUGACACCAUGGAUGAAAUUAGUUUUAUAUACGCUAGCGGGUAACGGACCUCUCUCAGUUGCUUUAAUGAAAGGACAGUGUCUGCGAUUGCUUCCUGCCCCAUUAGCUGGUUGUGAAAAAGCACUAAUAUGGUCUUGGGAUGGUUCCACAGUAGGAGGUCUAGGAGGCAAAUUUGAAGGAAAUUUUGUUAAUGGAAAUGUCCUUUUGCAUUGUCUAAACUCAAUGCUUAAGCAUUCAGCUGUGCUAAUACAACCUCUGAGCAGAUAUGAUCUUGAUGAUUCUGGAAGGAUUGUCACAGUGGACAUUGCUUUGCCUCUUAAAAACUUUGAUGGAACAGUUCAACCGAUAGGGUCAGACAUGGGACUAGACCCAGAAGGAGUUGCAAACUUGGAUUCAUUGUUAAUGGACCUUUCCAGCAAAAUUGAGUUAUUCACGGUUGGUUAUAUUCGCCUUUUACGAUUGCGAAAGGAAAUACAAUCAGACAUGUUGAUACCAGAUCUUGAAUAUGAAUGGUUUCCUUUGAGCUUGGAAUUUGGUAUUCCUUUAUUUAGUCCCAAAUUAUGUGGCAGAAUUUGUGAAAGGAUAGUUUUAUCACAUUUACUGCAAACAGAUUCACUUAGUGAGCACCAUGAUGCAAUGCAAAGUCUAAGAAAAAUAUUACGUGAACUAUGUUCUGAAUACCAAGCAACAGGUCCUACUGCAAAGAUGUUUUACCAAAUCGAACAUGUGAAGGAAUCACCUCGUCAUCUAAUCAGCUAUGCGAGCGGAAGAUGGAGCCCACUGAUGGAUCCUUCAACACCAAUCUCUGGAGCCCCCAGUGAAAACCAGAGAUUUAAGUUUACAAAUCGACAAAGGGGCAAAACAGAGGUUCUGAGUUUUGAUGGGAAUAUCCUCAGGUCCUAUGCACUUGCUCCUGUAUACGAGGUUACUACACGACAUAUUGAAGAAUCAACUUCUGGCAGUGGAGUAAAACAUGAAUCAGAUGAGGCAGACAGUAGAGAAGUUGUCCUACCAGGUGUCAAUCUACUGUUUGAUGGGUCACAAUUGCACCCGUUUGAUAUAGGUGCAUGUUUGCAGGCUAGGCAACCUGUUUCUCUUGUAGCAGAAGCUUCAGCAGCAUCUUCUUCUCUCCAAGCAACCAGGAUUUCGAUAUAAUCUUUUCUUGAACUACUUGCCAUGUACGACUUCGAUGAGGCUGGCAUGUCUUCUAUUGGUUACUUGUGCAGAUCGUUUUCUGCCUCUUCGAAGAUAUGUUGUUGCAAAGUUCUGAAUUUUCGUGUUUCAUAAAUUCUUUGAUUCAAACAGGGCCUUUUGCUAAUUCAAAAUUUUGUUACACCUGUAUCAUGAAAUGAGCAUGAAGGCCAUUUUCCUUCUAGGGGAAAGGUUCUGUUUUAAAGUUCUAAGUCCACAAUUUUCCUUUGUAUUUUGGGACAAUUUGCAUAGGUGAUAUUUCCUUGUGUGGAAACUUCUGCUUUGAAGUUCUAAAUCCACAAUUUUCCUAUGUAUCUCGGGACAAUUAGCACUAAAAUGUGAAUGCAUUGAGUUCUAUUUCCUAGGUGGUGCUAUUUCCAUGUCUUGUAUGAAUUCACCCCAAGGGGAAACCAACAAAUGGUCAUCUCCAGUUGGCGAGGUGAGCCAACUGCACAUGUUGAUUGUAAAGUGCCCUUCCAUUUGAUUUA